CUACUAAUUACUUGGUAAUUAUUACCUCAUGUUUAACGUAAUUGGAUGAGACAAAUUAUGAUCAAAUUGUUAGGUGAAAUUGGAUUAAACCAACAAUCUCUCAUAUAGAGCAAAUGUAUCGAUAUGCAAACCGAAGGUAACAACUUUAAAUUACCAAAAACCUUUUUCUUCAAAAUCGUUGUCUUAUUUACGGAAGAAUCCGCUUAUCCUUUACAUUGAACCACUAGACUGUAGGUCUUAAUAUCCCAAAGCAAUGGAAAUCUUUUCUUGUAUAAUCCCGAGGCGGUAAUUAAUUGAUCAGUAGGUUAAUUGUUUUCCUCUGGUGGAAUAUUUUAUUUCUAUUCCUCAUCUCUGCAUAAACUGUUCGUCCAUCGGAUGAAAAGGUUGUUCGUACAAAAUGAGUGAUUCAAAAGCUUUAGUUUUAAAUAUCGUGGAAAAACAAAGAAAACUUAUUAAAAUUGAAUACGAAGCCGAAAAGGAUAAAACAAAUGUUAAACGAGAAAUCUUGGUCAGCCAAGGGCUUUGUAUUCAGAACUUGAAAUCUCUUUCAACUGUAAAUGGUUUGCAAGGUCUGAGUUUAAUUACAUUUACUGACAAUCGAAGCAACAAGCAAUUGGAUGAUCAUAAAAUUACCUGUGGUGAUCAUGUUCUAAUCAGAUCCUCGAAAGAUGAUAAAACAACUAAAGGACCUUCGGGUAUUGUUUAUUUACUAGACUCAGAUGAGAUCACAGUGGCCUUAGAUAAAGAAUCGGAUCAAGUUUUCAGUGAUUGUUGUUUGAUUAAACAAACCGUUGAUACCACGUAUAAAAGAUUAGAAAAGGCUGUGAAUACCAUUCGUGCUAAUACUGUUGUUGGGCGAACAUCGCCUCUCAUUGAUUUAUUACUUGGUUGUCGAUUACCAGGUAACCUUAAUGAAAUUGGACCGAUUGAGUUUAUCAACAGUCGAUUGGACGAUUCUCAAAAGGAAGCCGUGACCUUUGCGCUUCGAUCAAAGGAUUUAUGUAUCAUCCAUGGACCACCAGGAACGGGAAAAACUACCAGUAUUGUUGAGGUCAUUCUUCAGCUCGUGAAAAGAGGCCUUAAAGUGCUGGUCUGUGCUCCAUCCAAUAUCGCCAUUGAUAAUCUGGUCGGAAGAUUAGCCUCAUUUAAGAUAGAAAAUAUGAUUCGAUUAGGUCAUCCGGCCAGAGCUUCGGAAAAUGUUCUUAAGUUCACCUUAGAAGCUGCUAUUGCUCGUAACGUUGAGAAUGAUACUGUCAAAAAGAUCAGACAAGACAUUGAUUCAUCACGAGAACUUGGUGAAUGGGCAAAGAUCACUAAGCUAAUGACGGAUUUGAAAAGCCACAAAAAGGGUUCGAUAAAACAAAUACUAAGUAGCUCUAAUAUAAUCUUGGCAACUUUGGUGAGUUCCUCGAGCGAUGGUCCUCUUCAACAUUUAGAUGAUCCUGAUAAACACUUUGAUGUCCUUAUAAUCGACGAGUGUUCUCAAGCCACCGAAGUGGCCUGUUGGAUACCGUUGACCUACGUUGACAAGUGUAUUCUCUCUGGUGAUCAUUAUCAACUUCCUCCUACAGUUAUAACAACAACUGCGGCUAAAAAAGAUCUCGAAUUAUCUUUGAUGGAGAGACUUCUUUCCCGCUUCGAUCACGAAAAAGUGGUUCGUAUGUUGACUGUACAAUAUCGAAUGCACCAGAAAAUAAUGGAAUGGUCUUCCAAAAGUUUCUACUCCAACAAGUUAAUAGCUCAUCAAUCGGUUGAGAAUCAAUCAAUGUCAGAGAUCAGUAGACUAACGGAUUGUCCACCUUUACUUUUGAUUGAUACCGCGGGUUGUGAUAUGCCAGAACUUUAUCUAAGGUCAAAUGGAUCCAAUGGAAAUGAAUAUGAAGCCAGUAUAGCAGCGAUUUAUGUCGACUAUUUAAUAGACAAAGGUGUUAAACCUGAACAUAUCGGUAUAGUUACUCCGUACAAUUUGCAGGUUGAAUUGAUUAGACAACGAUUAAAGCGUAGUCAUCCUGGUGUUGAGAUACGUUCAGUCGACGGGUUUCAAGGCCGAGAAAAAGAGGUCAUUAUUUUAUCACUUGUUCGGUCAAACGCAAAAAAAGCAACUGGAUUUCUCCGUGAAUAUCGACGGAUCAAUGUGGCCGUAACUCGAGCCAAGAAACACCUCGUUGUCAUUUGCGAUUCCGAUACUGUCUCAGCAGAAACGCACAUCUCAUCAUUGAUUGAUCAUCUCAAAAUCAACGGUAAAGUGAAAUCAGCUAGUGAAUAUUCAGAUUUAAUAAGAGCACGAAAUCAACAACAACCCGUCAGAAAACGGAUGAGAUUUAUUUGAAUAAAUUCAAUUCAUCAACAAUAAGUUGCCUCCACUUUGAGCAUUUUGCAUCAUCUUAAUGCAACACAUUAUUACAUUUGCUUGUACCUUUAAUAAUAAUUAUCGAUUGUUUCAUCAUAAAUUUGAGCAAAAAUCAAAAUAAAUUGCUUUACUUAUUGCUUG